AUGGCCCUUGGAAACUGGUCUUUUGUGACUGAAUUCAUCCUGAUUGGUUUAACAGAACAACCCAAUCUCCAACUCCCUCUCUUCUUCCUGUUUCUUGUAAUGUAUAUGGUAACAAUAACAGGGAACUUGGGUUUGGUCAUUCUAAUUGGGCUGAAUUCACACCUUCAUACCCCCAUGUACUUUUUUCUCUUUAACUUGUCUUUGAUAGACCUCUGUUACUCUUCAGUGUUUACACCCAAAAUGCUGUUGAACUUCAUAUUAACUAAGAAUAUUAUCUCUUAUAUGGGGUGUAUGACCCAACUCUAUUUUUAUUCAUUUUUUGUUAUUUCUGAGUGUUAUGUAUUAAUGACAAUGGCCUAUGAUCGUUAUGUGGCCAUCUGUAAUCCACUCUUAUAUAAUAUUGCUAUGUCCCCUAAAAUAUGUUCCUAUCUUUUGCUUGGUUCAUAUUUGAUGGCAUUUUCUGGUGCCAUGGCACACACAGGAUGCAUGCUCAGACUGACCUUCUGUGAUGCAAACACCAUCAACCACUACUUUUGCGACAUCCUACCAGUGAUGCAGCUCUCCUGCACCAGCACCUAUGUAAAUGAACUGGAGGUUUUAAUUGUUGUGGGCAUCAAUAUCCUUGUGCCCAGCAUCACCAUUUUUAUAUCUUAUGGUUUCAUUCUCUCGAGCAUCUUCCACAUUAACUCCAAUGAGGGCAGAUCCAAGGCCUUCAGCACCUGCAGCUCCCACAUUAUUGCUGUUUCUCUCUUCUUUGGAUCAGGUGCAUUUAUGUACCUUAAACCCUCUUCAGUUGGGUCUAUGGAUGAAGGAAAAAUUUCCUCUGUCUUUUACACCAAUGUGGUUCCCAUGAUGAAUCCCUUAAUCUACAGCUUGAGGAACAAAGAUGUAAAAGUUGCCCUGAGGAAAACUUUAAGUAGGUGGAAGCUAUGGUAA